AUGUCAGUCCCGAGUACUAAGAACUUGCAACGAAAGAUAUGGAGAGACCAGUGCAGAGAUAUACUGUCCAAGCACAUACAAGAGCGCACCAACAUUGUCGUAGAGCCAUCCCAGGUUUGA